AUGGCGUCCAAACCUUUCAAUCCUCCACCACCGCCGCAUUGGGUGGUUGCGCUGAACACCCCUAUGCCGCGUCCUACCAAGGCGGCAUCCAGUAUCCCUGAUCCUCCAGGAUUCUCCAGCAGCAAAGUGCUAGGCAAGGGCCGUGCUCAGCAGCAAUCAACUACCUCCAGCACCGCUAAGCCUGACGAAACCGAUACACUAAAGCUGAAAAAGGCAUGGGAGAUUGCUCUCGCUCCUUCGAAGCAGAUCCCCAUGAAUGCGAUCAUGAUGUACAUGUCUGGAAACAGUCUUCAGAUCUUCAGUAUCAUGAUGGUCUUCAUGUUGUUCAAAGGCCCCAUACAGGGGUUGAUGAACACCGAUACUGUCUUCGCAAAGUUUGACACCGAAGGGAUCCGCGGGAAGUUGAUCGGAGUGAAGGCUGUUUAUGUCCUGAUGCAACUGGUUUUGCUGGGACUGGGAAUUUGGAAGGUUAAUGCCAUGGGACUUUUGCCGACUACGAGAUCAGAUUGGCUUGCUUGGGAGUCGGAACGACAACCUCUGGAACGGGCUUAUUUUGCUUUCGGUUGA